ACAAAGUAUUGCCAGCAUUCAGUAAUAGACAGCAUCGAUAUAAUAAACAGGGUGCACAAUUGUUGAGCAAAAGAUUUUUCACAUUGCAUUUCGAUUUUGAUUGCAAUGGAGAAUCCAUCACCAGCAAUCAACAUUCUUGAACACUGCGGAAUCUCUCCGUCGGCUGAGGCUAUCACUGUGACAUCUCUGCCUCUCAGUUUCUUCGACAUAAUGUGGCUCACUUUCCAUCCCCUUGGCCGUGUCAUCUUCUACGAUUUUCCAUAUUCCACCACUCACUUCACCCAAAAUGUUGUUCCAAAUCUCAAAACUUCGUUGUCUCUGGCCCUCAAACACUUCACUCCGUUGGCUGGAAAUUUGAUCAUUCCGUCCAAUACUGAUUCCAACAUCGACAUUGGCAUCCGUUACAUGGACGGUGAUUCUGUUUCUGUUACAUUUGCUGAGUGCACUGGUGCUGUUAAUCAAUUUUCUGGAAACCAUGUACGUCUCGCGGAUAUAAUGAAUCCCCUUGUUGCUCAACUUCCCUCGGGUACUUGUGCUGAAAUUUCCGGGGAAUCUUGUUCUGUAGCUCCUUUGAUUGCUGUUCAGGUAACUGUAUUUCCAAACCAGGCCAUCUGUAUUGGAAUCACAAACUCCCACGUGGUUGCAGAUGGAAACACUAUGUUCAACUUUGUGCGGGCAUGGGCUUCAAUUGCUAAACAGCUUAAUAUCUGCGAAGCCAAACCUGAUACUAAUGAUUUGAUAGCAUCAGGGUGUUUCCAGAUUCCAUGUUACGACAGAAGUUUGAUCAAAGACCCCUACGGUCUAGGUCCUUUGUUUAAGAAAAUGAGAGCGGCGGGAGGGGCUGGGCGGAUGGAGCAAUUGAUGAAGCAAAAGGAGGAUUCUGCUCCUGAUUCUUCCAAGAUAAAAGUAAGAGCAACAUUUGUGAUAACUGAAGCCAAUAUCCAGGCCUUGAAGAACAAAGUUUUAGCCAAACGGCCAACGUUAACACACGUGUCAUCAUUCACAGCGGUUUGUGCUUAUCUUUGGACAUGUUUUGCAAAAACACGAGCCACUGUUUGGGAAAGCGCGCAUGAUCUUGAUGAGCUGCAGAACUUUAGUUUUGCUAUGGAUUCUCGUCCUCGAUUGGAUCCUCCCCUGCCUGCUAGUUACUUUGGUAAUUGCUUGGUUGCGUGUCUUGGCGUGCAGACGGGCAGGGUAAUGAUAGGGGAUGAAGGCCUUGCUGCUGCUGCGGAAGUGUUAGGAAAUGCAAUCUCUGCAAAGGUUAAGAAUGGUCCGAUGCACGGAGCAGAUAAGUGGAUGGAAGAGUUUGCUGGAAUUAUAAGAGGGGAAUGGUAUAUUGGCAUUGCUGGUUCCCCAAAGAUGGACUACUACAACAAUGUUGAUUUCGGAUGGGGUAAAGCUCUUAAGUUUGAAUUUGUCGAAGAGCCAUUAUCCUUGUCAAGGUGUAGCAAUUCAAAAACUGACAUUGAAGUGAGUAUAAUCCUACCUAAGAUUGAAAUGGACCUUUUCUCAACUGUGUUCACCCAGGGGUUGCAUAAUUUGCACGGCUAACAAUGUCGUUCAAAAAAAAAAAACAUCCCUCAGAGCAGCUAAUUGAAUAUCUUGGUGGAAAAGUGGCUAAAUCAUGUCUCUUUUUAAAUAAAUAUCAACUUCUUGUGCUUUUACAGGAUUGUUUCAUCUUAGGUAUGUUCACUUGCAGUGAUGCGGCUGUUGAUACUUGUUUGAUCUGCAGAAAGUUGAGUUUCUAGUA